CCGAGAUAGCCGAUGUAUCACGAUUGUAUCUUCAGCAGUCGAUGAAUCCAAAAUGGCGACCAAAAUGUUAAUAAAAUAUAGUUUUAUUUAUUUAUUCGUUUACGCAAACAUUCGGGUUGUAAACGCAGUAAUUCCGGAUAAACGUCAACUUACCCAAUGGGCUUAUAAUUUGAAACAGCAACUCGACAAUGAAUUUAAAGCUGCCACAAGCUAUAGUACUCUGCCAGAUGCGUACAAUAACAAGGACAACUUGGCCAACAGUCCAUUCAAAUUGACAUUUGAGAAGAUUGACCCAGCGGAGAUGGUGAAAACCAUGGCGGACAAGUUGAGUGCCAUGCUGAAAAGCAAGAUGAUGGCAUUAAAUGCUUCUGUUGCUGCAGCAGAAAAGGCAGCCAAAGAACAUGUAUGGAACAACAACAUCCAGAUUGGUGAUUUCUUCACCCUGAAGUCGAAGGAUAUUAAGGACAACGAUACCGGUCUAGAGUACAGUGAACGCUUCAAACAAUACAUCAUUCCUAACAUGUCCAGUGUGCACAUUCCUGUUGAGAUAUAUGACGGAGAUGUGGAGAUCUUGAACGGACUGAAGUGGACUGCGGCGUUGGAUGAGGUGUUCAGCAGGAACGUGCAGAAUGACCCAGACAUACUUUGGCAGUACUUUGGCAGCCAGUCAGGCUUCAUGAGGACUCUGCCAGCUGCCAAGUGGGAUACCAGAAACAAGGUGGACCUGUUUGAUGUUAGACGCAGACCAUGGUACACUCAAGGUUCCAGUUCACCCAAAGAUAUGCUGAUCCUGAUAGAUGUAAGUGGCAGUGUGCAUGGACAAGCCCUUGAAAUGAUGAAGGUUGCUGCGGAAUCAUUGAUCAACACGCUUGGAGAAAACGACUUUGUGAACGUUGCUCAGUUCAGUGUGAAAGCCAGCCAUGUGUCCGAAUGCUUCAAAGGAAACUUUGUGCAGGCUAAUUACAGAAACAAGCAGAAACUGAUCAAGGAAGUGCAGCACAUUGAAGCUAGUGGCAUGGCAGACUAUACAGCAGGCCUCACGUUUGCAUUUGAGCUGUUUGAAAAUUUGAAGAACCAGACAGAUGGGCUGCGAGGGGCAGAGUGUAACCGUAUGAUCAUGCUGCUCACAGACGGGGGGACUGAGUUGGCAGAAGACGUGUUCAAGAAGUAUAACCCUCCAGGAAACAAGAGAUACAGAGUGUUUACAUAUGCAGUUGGACAAACUGCCAACCCUGUAUCUGCCAUACGCUGGAUGGCAUGUGCUAAUAGAGGAUACUUCUCCCAGAUCCAAGCUAUGGGGGCCGUUACAUCCAAAGUGCAGGAAUAUGUGGAUGUAAUAGCACGGCCGCUAGCAUUGCGAGGCAUUGAACAUGCAUUGUGGACUAGUAUAUACCGGGAUCAAUACACUGCGCCGGGCCUGGGCAUGAUGACCACAGUGACCCUCCCAGUGUAUAACAGGACUCUAGGCACAGCCAAUCAGACUAUACUUGGUGUGAUGGGAGUUGAUGUGACCACUGCAGCCAUGUUGAAACUUGCGCCUCAUCGGAAGUUUGGACCAAACGGAUUCGCUUUUUCUAUAAAUUCCAAUGGCUUCAUUGUGUUCCAUCCCAAACUGGAGGUGAAGACUGACUUCCACGACCCGCCAGACGUUGACUUCCUGGAGGUUGAGAUUGAAAGUGAGGAGAAGGAAUUGUUGAGGAAGCGAAUGAUUGACAUGGAAACUGGCACUGUCUCCAUGGAUUCCUACGCUGUCUCAGAUGACAAAAGACAUGUGGACUCUGAGAGAGAUGAUGGACAGAGGAUCUACUCCUUCAGGCCCAUAGAGGAGACCACAUUCAGCCUGGGUGUCAGUCUGCCCAAGUAUCACCAGCACCAUCUGACUGUCAAUCUCACAGAAAAUGUGGCCAGUUUUAUAAAAAAAAAUGCUGACCUUGUGAACAUGUCUGACGUGGCGCUCCUGAUUGCUAAAUGGGAUUACUACGAGAACUACAUUGGAAGUGAAAACCGCACUGGCACCAUCUUAGAUCUGCUUAAUGAGAUGGAGGACCACUCAUUCGACAAAUGGAACCCAGAACUGAUAAGCCAUCUACUGUAUGACCUCAAUGUGACUGCCUACAUCCAUGACUACUGGAAAGUGUCCAAAAACCCAUCGAUAGUUGGUGCCUUUGUGAGCACAUUAGGAGGUCUGACUGCUGUCUACCCCAAGAGUGACGAGCUAUUGGAGCAGUUUUUGGCUCUAAACGACACAUGGAAGGCCAGUUACUUCAAACGUGCCCUCAACACCAAUGAUCUGCUAUUCAGUGCUCCCCAUGUGAUAGAUCCUAAAAGAGAAGGUAACAACACUGUGGGAGACGUGAUGGUGGUGGCGUCUGUUGUCAUGGAUAGCAGCAAACUUGACCCCAGUCUUCAAGGUCAACUGAAAGUAGCAGUGACUGGAGCCAUAUUCAGCCACCACUUCAUCCAAGAUCAGCUGAUCCGCAAUGUGGAGGUGUGCAAUUCAUCCUCCACAGUGGCUUGUCAUCUCCUUGACGACGGGGCCUUCCUAAUAGCAACCAACCAACCUCACCUCAACACAAGCGUUGGCCGAUUCUUUGGCAAGGUUGACCCAGAGGUGAUGAGUGAACUCUUCAAUGACUCUUUCUUCCUCAGACAUGAGCAGUAUGACUAUGGGGCAGUGUGUGAACCAGCCAUGGGAAACACAACCAGCGCAGGAACCCUCAACAUUCCAUCACUCGCUCUUCUGUACGAGUUUCUAACGUUCAACUGGUGGAGCAGCGUGGUCACAUGGAUGUUCACCAACUUCAGUGUGUACAACUUAAUCAGUCCAAGUCCAGCAUUUGUAGUUGAAGCCAGCCAACACAAGACACAGCACUGCACAAAGGAGAGCUCCCAGUAUUACUAUGGAACCAGUAGCUCCUGGUCGGGUAACACCACAGACUGUGAGGUCAAACUGAUCCAAUGCUCCAGGGAGUACAUAGUGCAGCGAGUUAACGGCACCAACCUGUUGCUAGUGGUGACGGAAUUGCCAAGGGAUGGCUGUGACCCCUGCAAGGUCAAGGUGGACAUGGACAACAUCAUACAGGAGCCUACAGUCAUCCCUCUAAAGAAAAGUGAUGAGCAUUUCUGUGAGUUGAAGCCAAGAUAUAGAAGAAAGACCAGUCAUUGCUAUGACAACCACACACUGGAGGAUGACUCCAAGUGCAGGGGCUCCCAAACCCACCCACUGUCCUUCCUCACCAUGCUGGUAACCACGGCAACACUCCUACUGGUCACCCGAUGACCUUGACCUCACUCAUUGGCAACAGCUUGGCAACAGAGAGAGAAUCCAGUCUAACAGUGUGUUGAAAGAAAAUUCAAUUUCUAGAAUGAUGUUUGAAUAAUUCAGUGUUACAGCGUACCCGGUUAUCACAGUUUAUUUGAUCUUGCAGUGGAAUGGUUUUGAAAUGUGCUUUUAUGUUAAUUUUUUUCUGAGGAAAAGUGAAAUCAAGAUUUGAGAAAAAUACAUUUGACUCUUCAAAAUGUAAAGAUAUAGUUUUUGAAAAUAUUUAUUACAAGGUGGGAAUUACUUAAAAACAUUCCUUUCGUAUUUCUGAAUAUGUAAAGAGAACAAGCACAUAUUUAAUAAAUUACUUACUAUUUUUAUAUUAUAGAAUAUAUGUGUUAGCAAUACAAUUAGCUUUUAGUGAACGUGGGUUUUAUCAUGUACAAAACAUUAUGAAGAAUUAUUUAUUCCAGUUGUUGUGCCAUGUUUUCUUUUUCUCCAUUUAUUUUAAAUUGUAGGGUAUACACAGUCUUUGUGAUGGAGAGAAUUUCUGUAAUUUAGUUUAUUUCUUUAAUCCAUUACAUUGUCUUACGUUUUGUCUAGUCUGUCAACUGAAUGCUUUAGUUGUGAUACCUACUUCAUGUAUAGUUUGUUUAGCACUAUAGUUUUUGUUACGUUGUUCUGUGGUUCCCCACACUAUAGUUUUUGUUACGUUGUUCUGUGGUUCCCAACACUAUAGUUUUUGUUACGUUGUUCUGUGGUUCCCAGUUAUUCACUGCACACUGAGACAUAUUUGGUACCCUGUCUGCUUACUGGUAUUUUAGAAAUGAACCGCACUCAUGGAAAACCAGGUUUAAUGAAUGUGUGUAAAGUGUCCCCCAAGGUAAGCCUGUGCUGUGUGCACAGUCUUAUCUGUUACAUUACUUUCAGUUUUUAAAGAAUGAUUAAUUUAAAAGGAAAUCUCAUUUAAAAUAAAAAUCCAGUCUAGGCUGAAGUUGUUAUCCCAGGUUAGCUUAUUCUGGACCACACUUAACACACAGGCAUUAAACCCUGUUUUCCCACAGACCAGCUGAUAUAGUGAGCAGUCUGUUAACAGAAGCCCUAAAUCACAGUUAUGAAAGCACUUAAAACAUUAUUUUGUUCAAAUUUGACCACCCAUUUUACUUUAAGUGUGUUUGCCCUGUUAGAUAAUUAUGAAAUAAGUUUCUAUUUAUGAUAUUGUGUCUUUGCUUUGUAAUGUAUCCUUCUUAAUGCACAUGCCCUAAGUUUACUUCCUAAUUAGCUUGUGCAGUCUGUAUUGCACAUAGGCUAAC